AUGAGUCCAUCGCCGGGUGAACCCCCGGAUAGAACUGUACCGGAAUGGAUGGAUCCUAAAAACUUGCAUGGUCGCCUACACUAUCUGAUUUUAAAAGCAGCAGACGGCCAUGAGCUUCCGCAGAACCCAUUCCUCAUCGGAAAAUCAGUAGAAAAAGCGGGAAAAAUAGAAGGUUUCUUUGAGAAAAAACAUGGUUGGUAUGUGAUUAAGUCAAGAAACAAACAACAAAUAAGUGAACUUGAAAAAAUCACCAAUCUGACCAAUGGAACACCGAUAGUUAUCGAACGCCAUCCUACAUUAAACCAGCGGAAGUUUGUAGUGACGUGUAACGAGGUGAACGGAAUGACUGAAAAAGAGUUGCUCAGUGAACUAUCGUCCCAAAAUGUGAUAGAUGUACGAAGAAUCACCAAGAAGACCCCUGCGAAAAUUGUCGACACAUCCACAUUGAUAAUAACCAUCAACGGGACGGUAAUACCCGAGUUUUUGCAUUUUGGAUUUCUUCGAGUGCGAACUCGAUUGUAUUAUCCGUUGCCGUUGAUGUGUAGAAAUUGUCUGCAGUACGGACACACCAAGGCGAGGUGCGGGAGUCCCCUCUCGUGUACCAAAUGCAAUUCCACUCAACACGACAGCCAAAGCUGUAAGAACCACCCAUACUGCGGGAACUGCCAAAAAGAAGGUCAUUCACCGAUAAACAGAUCGUGUCCUAUUUGGUUAGCCGAAACAUCGGCAAUCAAAAUUAGCACGGAGCAGAAUCUACCGAUUGCAGCCGCCCGAAAAUUGGUACAGCAAACCAACAGCAAUGUAACAUUCGCCAACGUAGUCAAGGCCGACCUGAAGCAACAGACGACAGAAAACAAUAGGCAAACUAAACCACCAGCCGAACCGAAACAAAUAGAAGGAAAAAAACAACAACAGCAACCACCUCAACCCAAACGGACGAACACACCUACAGCAUCACAUCUGAAACCAGCCUCUCCUCCUGCUAAAAAAGUAACCCGUCAACCCUCUCUUGAGAUAGAUGAUAAACAUCGCGGAAACGCACUUGGACCCCCCAGGACCCGAUCAAGGGAUCGAAUUUAA